AUGGUAACAAUUUUCGGAAUAGUAUUCCUUGUUUGUUGUACAUUGUCUUUGACUCAAGGGCAAGUUCCAAAGAAUGAAGAGUAUAAGAGAAAUGUUUUACUACCGCAUGCAUAUGUAAUUUUAGCCGAAAAACGUGAAAACGAUAUGCCGCAUUCAGUGAUGAUGACCAAGGAGAUGCUAGACUCGGCAGAAGGCAAGAUACCUUACGAAGUGUUGGCAUCGUUAGUGGGA